GUAUGUAUUAUGAUCAGUUCCUUCCCUGCAGCUGGCUGUCCUACCUGAUAUUGAAGAAUUCGCAUACAAAAACGUGAAUACAUCUACCAAUUCAAUGUGUUGCAGGUGAAUGUCAUGCUUAAGGAAUUGCCAGAGGAGAUAUUUGGGCCCCAAAUCGGUAUUAGAGAAUACUCAUUCUUUGAUAAUCCAUUGAUGCCAAAACAGGUGAAAGAAUCAUGGCUUGAUGUCCAGCUUUGUCAAGAAAGAACCCGAGGCUGUGUUGCUUUAAACACUACCAGCCCUUUAGGAGCACUCAGAUUUCCAAGGAGAAGCAACGAAGAAAUGUUCAAGACGGUAUUCUCCUCAUUCAAGGAUGUAAAAAUAAUUCAGUUUUCUUCUAUGCAAGAUGCAUUCGCAGGUUUCACCGACAAGGCAACGGUGCUGUGUGGCCGAACACACUCCUGGUCACAUAUACUAUGACAUGUACUGGGAUGAGAAACCAGGUUGGAUACCUAUCCCUCCUCGAACCCCUGAGGAUGAUCACCCACCACCGUGAAACCUAGCUACCCGUCAAAAGAAAUACAAAUCCGAGGAGCAUUGGGGAAACGAAGAGGAUUGCCGCAUCCAUGUUUGUACACGGAGCAGAGGCUCUUCCUUUUAUCCAUCCAUAUUAAGAAUCUGUGUAUCAAUCAAAUUGAAGAAAUAUUUUUCAAGUGCAUCACUCAUAAUCUUCAUAUAUAGCUCCAAUAAAAGAAAUGGAAAACUUUUUAUUAA